AUGGCAUCGCCUUUGCCCUUUGCUCAUCCUGCUGACUUGGUGCGCGCGGAUCAGAAGGACGAUCAUUGCAGAGCUGAGUUGCGCACCUUGCUUCUGGAGACCUCCGAGGAGUUGCUAGGAGGCCAUGCUGCUCGCUGGCAAGGGGCAUUGCAGGUUUUGGGUGAUGCCAGCUAUGCCUGGGCCACAGCCGCUGCCGGAAGUAGCCUCGGGGAGGAGUACAGCGAGUUGCUUUUGGUCGAAAACCUUCGCCCAGCAGGUCGAUUUCGACGCCUUCUGGCUGCCGCGCUUAACGCAGUCUUGGUGAAUGGAAACUGGGGCGAGUGGCUCAUGCUGUUCUUGCGACUGCAUUUGGCGCUUUUCUAUCUCUUUGGUCGCUACCGGCAUUUGCCCGAGAGGCUGCUCAACUUGAGAGCUGUAAGCUUGGCAGAGCGGCCAUACAGGAGCUUCAGCUACCGGCCAUUGGGAUUUGUGUUGCUGGCACAAGCCAUUGGCCAGCUGCUGGCAAAGAUCCUGCAGCGAAGGUCAGGAGCUGAUGUAGCCGACACGGAGACUUUGCAAGCUGCCAUGGGCAACUGGGCCCCAGCACUUCCGCAGUCCCGGCUGAGCGCAGGACGGCCGCCGCGGUGCAACAUUUGUGCUGGAGAAAAAUGCGGGCUCUUUGGUGGCGGAGAGCUAAGCCUUGGCUCACGAAGGAUCAUGCGGGUCCAUGUGUUGGAUUAUGACACCCCAGAAGGUGCCAAGCGUCUCCGAAGCAAAGCUUUGAUUCUGACGGCGCCCAGCUACGUCACAGCGUCCCUUCUGAAGGAGGUUUGUCCUGCAGCAGCUUCUGCCUUGGAAGGCAUUCGAUAUCCGCGAGUAGCUGCAGUUACGGUGGAGUAUCCCAAAAGCGCCUUUAGAGAGCCUGAUCAUGGAAAAGGUAUCGUCAAUGGCUUCGGGCAGCUUCAUCCAAGAUCACAGGGCAUCAGAACCUUAGGCACAAUUUACUCAUCAUCUCUCUUUCCGAAUCGCAUGCCUGACGAUGAUAAAAUCAUGCUCCUCCACUAUAUAGGUGGUGCUCGGGACCCGGAGCUGUUCGGCGGCAUCCAGGGCCUGACGGAAGGGCAGCUGGUGGAGGCAACUCACAAGGACACGGUGGAAACUAUGCUGCAUCCCAGCGAGGCAUCCAAUCUUCCAAAAGCCCUUGGUGUCAGGGUUUGGGAUCGAGCGAUCCCGCAGUUGGAAGUUGGGCAUCAAGACCGUUUAGAUACCGUGAAGAAGAGCCUGGGCAUAGAGGGUGUGGAAGGCCUUUACCUCGCAGGGAACUUCGUGGGCGGUGUGGCUUUGGGCAGAUGCGUCGAAUUCGGCAUCGAGAUUGCAACGGAGGUGGUUGACUUUGUGAAUGAAGUCAAGAUCAAGGAGCCAGCGUAG